AUGAUGCCAAAUAUCAAAAUUGAACCAUCAACAGAACCCGAAUUGGAAUACUCUGAUGCACAUGAAGAGCCAGCCCCAUUAACAAAAAAGGCAAUUAAUAAUAAUAGUAAAGAACAAACAAAUAGCCGCCGAGAUGCUAACAACUCUCUCCCGGAUGAUAACAAGAAAAACAGCAUGGUUAGAAAGAUUGAACAACCUAAAGGGAAAGAUGACAAGAACACUUUCGAUUUGAGUACUUUUUUCAUCAAUACUAAUAAAAAUAAGGAGAAUGCUCAGAUUAAGCAAGAAUCUAGUGGAACUAAACCAUUGUCAUCGGAAGAUGUGAGUAUAUGUAGUAAGAAUCUCAAGAAGAAGAAAAGGGCUCCAAAUAAUGAUGCGAGUAGUUUCAUGUCAAAACCAAAAUUGAAAAUUCCACGUAAGGAUAAUGGUAGUAAUGAGUCUUCCAAAGAAGCUAUUGCUGAAAAAGGGAAGACUGACGAGGCAUCAGUAGGUAAAAGUUACACAAGAAGGGAAAAAAGAAUAGGGAAUGAAGAACCUGCCGAGAACCCUGGAAAUUACGAAGAAAUUAAGUGCUUGAUGUAUGAUUCCUUCAAAGAGAACCUUCUCGAAAGAGAGGAAUUAAAAAAUCUUUUGCCUGGUUUAGAAAGAGCUGAAGAGAUCGAUCUUGGUCUUAAGAUCGCCAAUUGGUCCUUAGAUGAAUGGAUUGAAUGUGGAGAGAAAUUACAGAACGAUUACAGACAAUUGGUUUAUAAGUUAGUAAAGGAAAGAAUGGAAUUAAGCUAUAAAUUUCAAGUUAUUACAUCCGUAAUCAAUGAUAGGGCCAGUGCUUUAAACCAACAAGGUAAAGUACUGGAUGAGAAGUUAAUCAAAAUAAAAGAAUUAGGUAAGGAAAUUUUAAAUAUAAUAUGA